GUUACGGUGGUAUUCGAGUUCUUGUACACGGAGAUGACUUCGUGGUGCUUGCUGAUGAUGCUGGACAGAAAUACCUUGAGGACACCUUGAGGUCCAAAUAUGAUCUGCGGGUCGAUGGAUCGAUCGGUCCUGGAGAACGGCAUCAGCAGUUCGCAGUGCUCAAUCGAAUCGUGACCUACAACGAGCAGGAAGGCUCUGUAUCCUAUGAGGCGGAUCCCCGCCACGUUGACCAGAUGGUACGAGAUCUAGAAAUGGAAAACUGUAAGCCAGUCAAGACACCAUCUGAGAAAAUGUCAGCCACGGAGGCCAACUUGAAGUUGACCACCCCGACCAUCACACCGGACCGUGUAAGUUUCUUCCGGCGCUCAACAAGUGGACUUGUGGCAACCUUUGGCCGCCACACGGUGAAGGCCUCGAGCACUCUUCAGAGCACGAUCAGCUUGAGUUCCAGUGAAGCGGAAUACUACUCGAUCGUUCGAGGAGUUUCCAUCGGAAUGUCGCUACAGGAGAUCUUGCGAGGAUGGGGCCUACAACCAAAACUUAAAGUGCACACAGAUUCAUCCGCUGCGCUGGGAACAUGUAACCGUCAGGGCUUAGGCCGCUCACGGCAUGUUCAAACUCGCUUUCUGUGGGUGCAAGAAAAGCUUGCACUACAUGAAUUCGAACUGGUGAAGAUCCCGACAAAGCAGAACGUAGCUGAUUUGUGCACCAAAGGUUUACCUGCGAAUGAGAUGGAAAGACACAUGCAAAGCAUGGGGUUCGAGUACUCUCAUGGUAGAGCCGAAGCUGCAAAGGCUUUGGAAUGA